GCUUGCUAUUUGCUUCAUCGCCAUCGCCAACAAAAUCUCUCUCAACAAGGAAGCUUCGGCGGAUGCCUGGGUUUCUACUUCGCUGGAAAAUAUAGAACGGCGAAGUUGGUGCUCUCUUGCGUUUCAUUUCAGUGUUUUGUGUAGGUGUGUCUGUUUUUAUUUUGUUAAAAACGGGUACUGAAUUAUAUACGGUCGAGUGUGGAUCAAGUAUUCUACAUAAUGCUGGAUCUUAACUUGAGUAUGGAGGUGCUGGGCGGAGAAAAGCCUCGGGGAAGCUCCGGAAGCUUUGACUCCUCUGUGGUCAUCGUGGACACCGCCGCUGGCCACGACGACAACACCAUCGGCUACAAUUUCAGCAUCUUGAAGUCAAGACGAGAAGAUGUUGCUGUUGGAGCCUCCGAGUACAGUCAAGACGAUCGCACUAUCCCCUUUUUUCCGGUUGCCAGUGAGGGACAAGUCGGUAAGUCAACGUCAACCUCGUCAUCAAGGAGGCCAUGGCUGAAUCUCGGAUGCAGGGAGGUGAAGCACGAUGGAACGUCGGAUCAAAAAAAGGGUGCUCAGCAACACCUCCAAUUGCGGCAACAAGUGUGGAAAAGUAGGCGGGGGCCUCGCUCCCGUAGCUCGCAGUAUCGUGGAGUCACCUUCUACCGCCGGACUGGAAGAUGGGAGUCUCACAUUUGGGAUUGUGGAAAACAAGUGUAUUUGGGGGGAUUUGACACAGCACAUGCUGCAGCUAGGGCAUAUGAUCGAGCCGCGAUCAAAUUCCGAGGUGUUGAUGCUGAUAUCAAUUUCAAUAUAAGUGAUUAUAAAGAAGACAUUAAUCAGAUGAGUAACUUUACAAAGGAAGAAUUUGUGCAUGUCUUGCGUAGGCAAAGCAAUGGAUUUGCCAAAGGGAGCUCUAAGAAUAGGGGAGUUACACAGCACAAAUGUGGGCAAUGGGAACCAAUGGAGCACUUUCUUGGCAAGAAUGCUUAUGACAAGGCUACCAUAUGCAAUGGAAGGGAAGCAGUCACAAACUUUGAGCCUAGCACAUAUGAAGUGGAUCAGCUUCCCUUGGGAUCUGAAAAUGGCAUCCAUAUUCUUGACCUGAACUUGGGGAUAGCUCCACCCUAUACAUCUGAAGCAGAAAGGAAGAAUGCCAGUAGAAACCAAAUCCCUUUCCAGCAAAGCAGGAAUCACCUGCCUAUUGACAGGGGAACAAGGAUUGAGAACUCUGCUUCAGCAACAAUGAGGGUUCAACAACCGAGUUAUCGGUAUCAUCAGGCUAUGGCAUUUUACCCUCCCAUCUGGCGUUCUCCAAAUUCCAAUUUCUUUCCUUCUUUAAGGAGAGAGCAGGACAGGGAAGAGGAUCAUGGAAGUAGAUUCCUCACCAAAUGCAUGGCAAGGGCAAGAGCAAGACCCAAUGAUGGGGCAAAUCCAGUGCCACCCUUCCCUACUGCAGCAUCAUCGGGAUUCUCAUCUUCAUCAAUCACUCUGCCACAGGAUGCCACAACCCAUCACUUUGCUGCCACAACUUUCCUCCACAAUUUCUCUGCGGCAGCACUGACCAACCUAAGCAAUACGUCGCAUUUAUGACAAUUUCAAGAUUCAUUAUUUUAUAUAUAUAUUGUUCAUUCUAGUACCAUAAUAUUGUGUUACAACUCAUCACGGUUUUAUAUCUCUUCUUUUUUAUUGGCAGUACUCCAAUUCUUCCCUCUUUGGCAUGUUAUUAUCUGUUUAAAUUCUCAAUACACGCUUUUAAUGCAA